AUCUUGAAGUCUUUGACUGAACACUGAUACACUGUAAUGCUUGUGAAGUGAGAAUCAAAGAACUCUAAGCCUGAAACUUCACUAAAACUCACAUCUCAUGCAAAUCAGCUGGUGCUGAAAACACUUGAGAUAAUUCUCAUUAAUUAAUAUGCAUUGUCUCACUUCUCACUCUUCUCCUGCUUCAUUCUUCUUUCCCCUUUUCUUUUUUCAUCUUUCUUUUCAAUGCAAUCAAAUGACAAGCACAUCAUACACAACACCAGCAGCUCAUUCACUGGAUGCUUCAGGGCCAUGAGAUGCUAGUGCCAGGUCAGCUACAGACCCACUAAAGGACGAGGUCAAGCUACAAUAUGGCGGCGGGGUUUGUUGGCUAUGUGAAGGCCCUUACCCUUCCCUUAUACAGGUGGAAGUUGCCCACAAUGUCCAUGCGAGCAUCGAAGCUACCGUGGUCAGUACACUCCUUGCCGGUCUUCCACGUUUGUUCCAGUCCGGUUAUUUCCAAAUAUUUUAUGACAGGCCCAUCGAUGGCAAGCAAUGAGGAUCCUUCCCCAGGUCUUUUAUCGAGCACAUCUAAAACACAUGAUGCGCCUUUGCAUCACCUGCCAUGGGUAUGACGACCCGUAUCCCAUUUGGGCUGUACUCCCAGAGACCGGGUUCGUUGAGUUUGAACGAAAUUAUUACGAAGCCGGAGUGCAGGCAAGGUGCUCAUUGUCAUUGCCACCGGUAGGGGUAGGUAGGUGUUGUUGGGGGUCCCGCGGUUGGUCGGCCCUUCUACCAGCAGGCGCUGGUGGUGAUUUACAGGUGUCCCCACUUUAGCUCCUUGGUUUCCCCGUAGCGCCAAAUACAAAAAAUUCUACCACUAAUAUAGGACGUGCCCACGGGUCGAUCCAAGCAGAACACUAUGCCGCGUUUACUUCUUUAGCAUGUGGAUAACUAACUACUUUCCCAGGAAUGAACUGGUCUCCAUUCCCCAAGCCGUUCCGCGGAUAUCCACAGACUCUAGUUUUGAAGGCGCUUCGCGGUUGCCUUUCCCCCCAAUGGUACGCGAGCCUAUCGUAGGAGAUCAUGAACUCAUAGCCUCCGGAAGUUCGGAAUCAAAUCAACGAUUCGAUGCAGCUCGGGAGCCGUCCAGAUCCAACGCCGCAAAGGCGGAGGCAAAAGGAAGUGAAAUACUGAUGAUGACGAUGACAAUGACGGGAGUGGGGACGAUGACAAUGGCGGGAAGAAGGGUCCUGAAGGCCGUGAUGGCAGCGAAGGAAAGAAGCCGCUACCAAGGUCACAACGCUUCAGCCAAGUCUUCAAAAACAACACCUCGAAUCGAAAACAAAUACACACUGCCUUGUCCUCCUGAACCCCCGUCUGUGGAAGGAGUCCUGAACUGGUUGGAUCAUGUGGAAGAUCUGGGAUCUUUUGCAAAGGCAAUCACGCCCAUCUCGCCACUGGAAUCUGAAAACAUAAAACAAGAAGAAAAAUCAUGGACCAAAAGGUGGUGGAACACAAAAAUGGCGAGUCUACGCUUGGUCCGCAAAAGACUACAGCUACCGUUACAUUAUCGGAUACAGGAAGUUGGCAGAAAAUGAGAGACCGUGAGUUCACCGCCCUGAAAGUACAUCAAGCGGCUUUGGAGAAGGAGAAAUCAAUGGUACAAAUACGCAUAAAGGAUGAUGCGUUGGCUCGAAAGCCCUUUCCUCUUCGUCUACUCCGUACUCUGUCCUACCCUCUCCAGCUUUGUAAUUUCUUUUUUUUUUCUUUUUUUUUAGGGGGGAAUUCACUAUCAGGAGCUCCAUCUAUUUUCGUGAGGAACUACAAGAAUGAUGUCCAUCAGUUGCGGCGAACGUCCGUCCAUACGUUGAGCAUACCGAAUGGAUGAGAUAUUAAGAGAUUUUGAGAGCCUUUUUUAUAUGCCAGAUUUUACGUGGUCAAUUGGUACCACUAUUGAUCGAUUUAGAUUUCUAUGGAGGAUUAGCCAAGAAAUUAUUAUGAGUACUCUCAAGAUGGUAAUUUCCGAUAUCAGAAACAACUAUUCAAUCAUGGCAUAAAUAUAACAGGCUCCUCAUUUCCGUCUCGCCAAUACACGUCGCAAACGCGCCUAAUGUUUUCUUAUUAUUUUUUUUUUUUUUUUCUCACUGGCUAGGUGUAAUAGCAGAUAGAUGUGGGCUGCAAUCUCGCCCUAUGUAUAAUGGCUAGACAAGCCUCGGUCGAACCGUUAUCUGGACUCUUUGAGUACCGUUAGGAUUAGAAUUUGUACAUCGACCCGAUUUUGAUUCUCUCGAGCGUUCGAAGAUGAUGCGUUUGGUUGGGUGGCUUGAAGAUUUGCGUGAGCUUCGGAUUUUCCAUUGACAAUCGGGAGAAUAGAGAUGUGUGAUAUCCCAAGGACGUUCGUUCGUUGUAUCUGUCGCAUCUGGAGCAACGGGUUCUAUGCCGGGAAGAGAAACAGAGACAGACGACGUUGGCGGCGGAAGAAGCCGGUCAGACGGAUCCUGGAAAUCGCCUGUUCGUCCUGCGGGUGUAAAAUCCUUAUCCGCUCGUCUCCAAGGCUGUUAUUUUGCUCGAAGCUCAGAUUAGGUGGAGUCGUUAGCGGCGUUAGGACGCAAGGAGACCGUGGGAGGGAUGAUUUGGGGCUGACUGAUCUCAGUCAAUGAAACCAAGGAGAUCUCAAUUCAAGUGGAAUUUGAGGGGACCUCUUUAAUCUUUGUUUCCUGCAUAUCCUCGUCAAACACGGAGUCAUUGAACUGGUGCCCCGGCCGACAUCACCUCCUGGCGCACUGAGAGGCCUCCUUGCCAUUGAUUCUUCGGCCCCAUCAUGUUGGUCCGGCAAAAAGUGCCCUUCCGAGGAGAUAAAAGUGGAAAAAGAGUAGGAAAGGGAAAACCUCUCUAUCAUCCACUCUCUAACUUCUCUCCAUCACGGGUCCUCUUCUAAGAUAACCAAAUAUAUAUAGAGAGAGUGUGUGUGUAUAUAAUGUAUAGUAACUAACCUGUCUCACGCACAAAACCGCAUAAUCAUAAAUCACUCAAGCACCAUAUCAUAUCACAUCAUAAAUCAACAACUUGACUCAACUCGCCAUGUAGAACCAUAUCAGAUACGUGUGGUUCUGGUGCGUUAAAA